CGCAGUUUUUGUCGUCGAGUCAAAGUGCGCGGAUCGCUUGAGGAGUGAACUCAUAUUCCUGCCAAAAUACAUUAAAUAUUUGUUAAGUGCAAGUUUAGGUGUUAGUUGUUGUUGCUGCAAAGCCAAGUUCGUAAGCAGGUGCAAAGGUGCAAAAGUGAGCUAAUAACAAAACAAGUCCGCCAGUUUCAGUCGGAAAGCAAAGCGAAGAAGAUGGGAAAGUUCGAAUAUUCACUGGGUCUUAAUGAGCUGAAAUCCAAGGAGCUGCGAUUGUGGCAGGCCCUGAUCGGAGAAUUCCUGGGCAAUCUGAUCCUAAACUUCUUUGCCUGCGGUGCAUGCACUCAAAUUGAAGAUGGUACCUUUAAGGCCCUGGCUUUUGGCCUGGCCAUCUUCAUGGCUAUUACGAUUGUGGGCCACUUGAGUGGUGGACAUGUGAAUCCUGCUGUUACCGCCGGAAUGUUGGUUGCAGGACGAAUCAGCUUGAUUCGAGCAGUUUUCUAUGUUAUUUUCCAAUGCCUGGGUGCCAUUGCUGGAACUGCAGCUGUUAAGAUUCUUCUCGAUCAGGACUAUCAUAAUGGUUUGGGUCACACCUCUUUGGCGCCGAAUAUUUCGGAGCUGCAGGGCCUGGGAAUCGAGUUCUUCCUGGGACUUCUGCUGGUGCUCGUUGUGUUUGGGGCCUGUGAUCCCCACAAGCCGGACUCCCGUUACACGGCGCCACUGGCCAUUGGAAUGGCAGUGACUUUGGGUCAUUUGGGCACCAUUCGAUACACUGGGGCCAGCAUGAAUCCCGCUCGCACAGUGGGCACUGCCUUUGCCACCGAUAUCUGGACAUCGCAUUGGGUAUACUGGGUGGGACCUGUGUUGGGGGGCGUGGCAGCCGCCCUGCUGUAUACCCAGGUACUGGAGGCGAAGCCGGCACCGAAGGUGAACGAGGCAUCCGAAAAGUACAGAACGCACGCCGAUGAACGCGAGAUGCGCAAAUUGGACGGUGCUCGCGAUUAUGCUUAGGAUUAAGGAACUUUAAGCGACUCGAAUCUAGAGAUAGAGAGAGAGAAAAAGCCGAGGAGAACAGAUUUCUUCGUUUAAUCCACUCAUUUCAGUGUCUAUCAUACUUAGUCGUGUACUUCUCCGUUCGUGUGUAUUUAUGUAUUUAUUCAUGAAAAGUUCAUUUUUGUUUAACUAAUACUUAAUUGUGUAAGCUGCCCUAAAAUGCAAUAUACAAACUAAACUUCUUAUAUUCUCAUGCGUUCACAAUAAAGUGGAAAACAUUCACUACAA